UUUUUUUUUUAUUUACAAUCUAUAAGAAUGUCAUUGUCACCACUCCCUGAAUCACCCAACAAAAUUAAAGAAAGCCCUUCAAGAUAUCGUAGUCGAUUUUCUGAUCGUUUUCAAUCUAUUUCAAGUCUUUCACCAUCUCAUGAAAAUACAACCACGAUAACAAAUCAACAAAGUUUUAUUUCUCCCGUACAUCCUACUGAUAACAAAAAACUAAUCGAUAAUGAAAAGUAUAGUGCCUUUGAAAUUAAGAAUGAAGAUCGUGGUCAAUGGAGAGAAUCAGAGAUAGAUACUAACGAUAAAAAUAAUCAAAUGAUGGAGGAAGACGAUCCUACGCCCGUACCUACUCCUGUUCAACAACAACAACAGCAACAACAAGAGACAGUUAAAAAAGAACAAAUAACGCAAACGGUGAGUGAUGUUAAUACACGUCAUCGUCAUGUUCCUCACUACAUGCAAGCAACAAGGUCUUUUUAUGGAAAAGUAAGCAAUAAAAAAGAAUCGUCUUUAUUAGGGCCACGUUCAAAGAGUGGAAUUACAAAAAAAGUGGGUGCUUCUAAAAUACCUCGAUAUCGAUCUACAACACAAAUUAAUGCUAUUGAAGAUAUAAAGAAUGAAAUGACACUUGAAGAUGUAUAUAUUCCUAUGGCUGCUCGUAUUAAAUUAUUUGAAAAGGGACUUGGCAAUAAUGGUUCGUCUAAUACAUUGCAGCGUCAAAAAUCCUCUAGUUCAACUGCAAGUAAUUCUAAUGAUUCUUCUAGUAAACAACAACGUCCUAUUAAAAAGACAACUCAAUCGCCUUCUGAAAGUAGUCAAAAUUCAAAUACUUCUUCUUCUCAACAAAAGUCAAAACAACUUGUCGUUCCCUCCUUUCACUCUUCUGAACCUAAUUAUCUUCGUCAAACAUCUUCCUUUGCUAUUAAACAAAAAGAAAUUCGUGCUCAAAAAUUACAAACUAGAAUAGAAAAGGCAACUGAAAGUCAUCGUCGUCAACAACGUGUUGAUCAACAUCAUUCUGUAACCCAAACAAAGCCAUUUCGUUUUGCUACAAGUGAACGAGCAAAACAUUUUAAACAAAAAUUAGAUUCAUGGAAGGCUAAAGAUGAAGGAAAUUAUGCAAAUACGAUGACGGCAACAAAGAAAAGAAAGGUAAACUAAGCAGUGAUAUUAAGAUCAAAACUCACACACACAUAUAUGUAUGUAUUAUCUAUUUAAAAGAUUUCUAGUAGUAGUAAAGCUUCUUUAUCUAAUCAUAAUACAAAGCAUCAAAGAACAAAGUAAUUAAAUACCAACUUAUAUAAUAAAGAAUAAUAAAUAUAUAAAGCUAUUAUUAUUAUGGAUAAAAAAGUAAGAGCAGUCCCGAAAUCGACGCCACAUUUGUCCAUUGCAUUUUUUUUUUUUUUUUUAC